CACUGCGGACUGCUGCGGACUGAAAUGUUGGCUGCGAGAUUUUAACCUGUAUGCGCGUGGUGACAUAACCCAUGUACAGGCUUUGUAAGAAGAAAUUAGAUAAAUAUUGAUGUCGAAUUGAUAUACAACAAUGUUAAAUAUGAUAUCGACUGCUAGAGCUGUACUUCGUAUUGAACAACAUAUAAAUUACAAUAUUAUAGUUAAUGGAUUUCAUCAGUCUUGCGUACAAUAUUUGAACCAGAGAUGGAGACAAAGACACGGAUUGACGACCAAUCCAAAUGCCUUUGGUCUGUUAACAAAUUUGCCAGAUUAUACAUUUAAAGAUGGGAAACCUACACCUCUUGGAAUAAGACAGAAGACACGUUUAGAAAGACAACGCAAAUAUGCAGCAAAGAUUAUCAAAUUAGCAGGAGAGGUAGAUUAUGCUGUUGAAAGACAUGCUAGAUUGCAAGAAAAGGAAAAGGAAGAGAGACAAAAAAUCUUGAACAAUAAAUUGAAACCUAAAGGAGAUUUACUGCUUCAAAAACAGGCAAGAACGAUAAAAAAGUAGUUUUUAUAUUAAAUAAGAAAAUAUACUUGCUUAAAUAUUA